AGCAGGGAAGGAGCAGAGGCCAUUCACACACUGAAACACACAUGCAUUCAAAGCCACUCGGGAACACUUUUAGACACACUCGUGCGUGCGGUGGAUGUGUUGCCACAGGAGGGAAGGAUGAAGAGCGGAGCGAGGAAGGGAUCCCCCUCAAAAUUGCACUGAACCAAAGGACACAGUAGCCAGUCAGUGUAUGUAUGACUCCACAGGUUUGCUCCCGGGAGAAGGGAUUCACUAUGAAAGGAAGAAUGCUGGACUUAUGAGGCUGGAAAUACUUCUCGGAAUACUCGGACUAUGUGAACUACUUCACUAGAUUGCUUUUAGAACUUUUAUUUGUCAUCAUGCCGACUGACGACUACAGUUAUCUACCAGAUGCAUUGCCACCUGUACCUGAAAUCCCGGACUCUGGCUCGGUCCUGAGCUCCAGCGACAUCCCCAACCGUUGCCUCCGCAACACGGCUUUCCGUUACGCCUCUUUGCGCUACUGCUCAGCCCACAGCAUGGACUCUUCUCUUGAUAGUGCCGAAAGACCAGUCAGCUACAGCUCCACUUCUUCCUCUGCUUCCUCCCGGGACAGUCACUGCUCACUGGGCAGCCGCUCCACCCUCGUCCACACCCCUCACUGUAACCCUGUGAACUCCGACCAGGACUCCGGAGCUAUACGUUUAGAACUGGUUCCCGCCCGGCAGCUGGGAUGUAGCGAGGAGGUCCCCAGGGAUGAUGGAGGGAUGGAAACAGGAAGACAGGCAGGGACGAAGGGCACUGAACAGACGCCGACUGAUCACUCAGAACCGGAGCUGGAUCUGGAGAGGGGUAUAGAAAGGAUCAGUCAGGUGCAAGGACCUCGGACGUAUGUAGACCGUGUGGUGCAGGAGAUACUGGACACAGAGAGAACCUACGUACAGGACCUGAGGAGCAUUGUAGAAGACUACAUGGAGAGUAUCAACAACCAGGCUUUGCUGGGUUUAAGCUCUGAGGAUAAAGGCUCUCUAUUUGGAAACAUCAAAGACAUCUACCACUUCAACAGAGAUUUGCUUCACCACCUGGAAAAGUGCAAUGCGGACCCUGUGGCCAUCGCUGAAUGCUUCGUAUCAAAGAGUGAAGAAUUCCAUAUAUACACCCAGUACUGUACCAACUACCCAAGGUCGGUGGCUGUGCUCACCGAGUGCAUGAGGAACAAGGCGUUGGCCAAGUUUUUCCGCGAGCGCCAAGAAUCUCUGCGCCACUCCUUGCCUCUGGGCUCCUACCUGCUGAAGCCCGUGCAGAGGAUCCUCAAGUACCAUCUGCUGCUUCAUGAGAUAGCCAACCAUAUGGAGAAGGACACAGAGACAUAUGAAGUUGUGCAGGAAGCCAUAGAUACCAUGCAGCGGGUGGCCUGGCAUAUUAACGACAUGAAGAGGAAGCAUGAACAUGCUGUUAGAUUGCAGGAAAUCCAGAGCUUGCUGACCAACUGGAAAGGUCCAGAUCUGAUCGGCUAUGGAGAGCUGGUCCUCGAAGGAACGUUUCGUCUGCAGCGAGCCAAGAAUGAGAGAACGCUUUUCCUUUUUGACAAGCUUCUGCUGAUCACGAAGAAGCGAGAAGAAACCUUCACGUACAAGGCUCACAUCUUGUGCUGCAACCUAAUGCUUGUGGAAGUCAUCCCUAAAGAGCCGCUCAGUUUCAGUGUGUUUCACUACAAGAACCCCAAACUACAGCACACUGUCCAGGCCAAGUCCCAGCAAGAUAAACGCAUGUGGAUCCUACACCUCAAGAGACUCAUACUUGAAAAUCACCCUGCCAAAAUCCCUGCCAAGGCCAAGCAAGCCAUCCUGGAGAUGGAUGCAAUGCACCAUCCUGGAUUUCACUACAGCCCUGAUAGUGACAAGAAGGAUUCCCCACAGACCAAAGAAGGACCCACUCCUCGUAGAGGCCGCAGAAAAGAACCGCUCUCAAAAUUACUAAAGAAUGCCAAGCAGAAUGCAGCCAACAGCGAUGGAGAAAAGCGGACAAGUCUAGGUGCAACCCUACUCUCUCCGGUGUCCCAGCUGGCUCUGGGCACAAUAGGCCGAAGCCGCAGUCUCAUCAACCAAUCACAGGAGUCUUUGGACCCCAGUGACCACUACGACCACAGCGAUAGAGAGGAAGGGGAGGAGCCACACCAACAAGAUGCUGACGAUGAGGACGAUAGUGGCCUAACUGGUGGAAAGAGGUUGCGAGUCCCAGGCAAAAGCAGUCGGAAGAGACUGAACCCUCAAGCAUCUGUGGACAGUAUAGAACAGUGGAAAACCUUCAACAUGAGUCCUUCAGAUCUUCAGAGAGCCAGAGAAUCCUUUGUAAGGGACGGUAGUCGCCAUCCGCCACUCCGCAGGACAUCUCGUGUGACAGAAGAACCUCCAGAGUCCCCGAUCCCAUCUGUAGUUGUGACAGACAGUGAUCAUUCUGUCCGAAACAUCUGGGCAGAUCAUCGUGCUCGCAGGGCCAUGUUCCCUACCAGACAGCGAACCACGCAGCCCGAUGAUGACGAUGAGGACAUCUAUCAGAUGUUUGUCCCCACAGAGCCAAGUGGGCCAGAACCAGAGCCGCUUUCUGAAAAUUCAGAAGCCCCGUCGUCUCCAAGGACGGGCCGGCCUUGCAGCUGGCAUGUGGAGCAGCUCCCCUCUGUCCAGGUUGAACCACCAUCCAGUGACAGCAGGGUUCUACGAAGGGCGAGCAGCGUAGGCGAGAAUGCCACAGAGGCUCACAAAAAGACGGACGAUGUCCAGGCUUGUGGCAACCUGGAAGUGAUAAAUACAGAGUCCUCCAGCAAUGAAAUAUCAGGAUCCUCAUCUGCCGAGCAUCUGACGAUGGACGAUAUUGAAAAUGUAUACGACAACAUCAGCUAUGAAGACCUCAAGAGAAUGGGCUUGAUCAGAAGGGAUUCUGAGGAAUGCCAUCCAUGGAAAGAACCUUAUUCAAAUGCACAGGGUUCCCACAGCCAAGCAGCUAAGACAUCAAGUAUUCCAGAUGACUCUAACGUCUCAGAGUCUAUCAUUAAACUAGACAGUGCCUCCACUGUAAACAACCAGUCUUCCACUCAGAAAGGAAGACCAGUGGAGACUCCUGAGCUCAAGAAAGUAGAGGAGAACAUCUACGACACCAUUUGUUUUAGGGAUCCUCCAUCUACAGAUGUACAGCGAACAAAUGCAGAUAAUAAAUCGAAUCCCAAAAGAGAAAUUUUAAUGGCUUCUGAGCAAGACCUUACUGGAAGUUUUAGAGAAUUUGUAUCACAGGAGAGCCUUCACUUUGGCGAUUCCCCCCAUCCCAUCCUAUGUUCCUCAGAGCCAGAGUACUCCUCUUCAUCUGCUUCAUUGGCCUCCCAACAAUCACAGAAAGGUGAUAAAAUGUCAGAGCACGUUGAUGAGCUCUGGAAUGACUUGGAGAACUACAUAAAGAAAAAUGAAAAGAAAGCUGACCGACUGCCAGCAGCCUUCCCAGUAAGUGCCAGUGAAUCAACCAAGCAGACAGCCUCAGUCAAAGGUAGUCCCACAAAAAAGCCUCCUGUGGCAAGUCAUCCCACGAAGAGUACCUCUACACACCUGCCUAAACACCCUCUUGUGCAUUCGUCACAAUCCUUAAGCAUCCCAUACAUCAACCUCCCUGACCUUCAAAGUGACGAAACCAUCGAAGACGAAAGUCAUAAUCCUGUUACUGUAUCCCAACCAGCUAUGCCAGAACCCGCGCUUGGCACAGUGAAGAGCAUGCGUAACAGACUGGCCCGCCUCAGCAGUGGUAGCUUCCGACUAGAGGACGACGACCUUGUGGAACUUCCUCCAAAACUCCCUCCACAAAGAGAGAGUGCCAUCAAGGAUAUCCAUAAUUUGUUCCCUGGACAAUUGGCAGGUAUGGACUCACCAAUUGCCUCUUCCUCUCUCCUGCUGGGAGAGUCAGUAGACUUUCCUCUGGAACUUAUGGACAAAACAAAGAGUCGUGUCUUUUUGAUGGCACGGCAAUACAGCCAGAAGAUAAAGAAAGCCAACCAGCUGCUGCGUAUGAGAAGCAUGGAUCCUGGAGACUCUUGUAAUCGUGCAAGGACUGACAGAAGGCAGAAAGAUCUGGCUGCCAUCUUGGAGGAAAAAAAGCAGGGUGGAGCUGCUAUAGGUGCUAGGAUAGCCGAGUAUUCCCAGCUUUAUGACCACGUCGUGUUCAAGGAUUCUUCUGGGUCCAUACACCACUCUCAUCCAGGUCUUCCCUCUUCUCCGUCCUUGCCUGAAACCUCCCUGGAGGAGGAAUGGCUCCAUUCCACCUAUAGCAAUGGCGAACUCUCCAACUUCAUUUCCUCGGCCGGCGACUUGCGCGAUGCGCGGACGUCUUCUACACCUCAGCGCAGACUUACGUCUUCCUGCUCCAUCCCAUCUCUCAAGACCCCCAAGGCCUCACCAAGUAGUCCCCCAUCCCAGAGAUGGAGCUCCUGCAUAUCUGCUCCUAGCGAGAAAGAGGAGCAUGUCUACAGUACCAUCAAGAGACAUCCUUCCUUAAACGCACAGUCCUCCCCAUCUAGGAACUGUCAGUCGGCCAGCUCUCUGAAUUGCCAGCAGCCAGACAAAAACAACCUGUCAGCACUAAAAAGUGAUGGAUCUACUGUGAAUGGUUCCAAAGAAAGACUCCACGGUCCCAGUUUGGCCAGUGUCGGCCGGCAGAGUAGCCUUCCAGAGCGGUCUACCCAAGGAGAGUCGGAUCUCACCUUACACGACGGCCAGCAAGUGGUUGUCCUGAACAGAGCAUCAGCCCUGAGCUUCCUCGCCGCCACCCAGAACUACUUUGCCAACUUUAAGGACAACGGCGAGGAUGACGACGACUACGUGGAGAUCCGCUCGGAAGACGAAGCGGAACCACAGCGGGGAAGGGCAGCCCAAACAAAUUGCAGCUCAGUGGCCGGUUUUAACUACCAAAACCGAGGUCUCAUCCAUACGAGGAGUUUACCCUGCACGCCUGUGCACUCUAACAACACACUGAGAUCCCUGGAACACGAGCAUCUGGAGAAGUACCUAUGGAGUGAACCACAGCAAAAUCAGCCAAACAUCGUCCAAUCUCUAAGGGAAAAAUUCCAGUGUCUGAGCUCUAGUAGUUUUGCCUAAGUUGACUUCAAAACCAAAAGCUAAAUAUAUAUUAACACACUACUUCCAUGCAAAUUAGACCUAAAGGGAUCCUGCUACUUCUACAACUACUCAAACACAGUUUAAAAGGGAAUAUAACACAAAGUUCUACUUAAGCCAAAACUGGCAUUUUUUAACGCCUAACAUAUGUAAAUACCUAGUAUAUUUUAUGUGCAAGGCUUCAAAGUAAAAUGCAUAGGUUGUUAACGGUGAACAAUGGCGCUUUGAAUUGUGCAUGCAAGCUGCCUUAGCACUUCCAGUCUUAUGAAGUAAUCAAACUACGAGUGGGUGUUUUCUUCCACUGGGGUCUAGUGACAAUCCACUUGUAACAUCUGUAACUGAUUAUUCACAGUAGAAUGCAAUCAGGGGCUCAACCGGACAAGAUCUGAUGACUUUUGGAGGACCUUGUCAGGUGAACCUCAUAUUUUAAUUCACGUUUUCAGCACCUAGCCUGCAACGCUAAUGUUUACAAUUGUGCUUACAGCAUUAAACGCGCUUUCCAAAUGUUCAUGUUUGCAAACUGGCACUUUGCACUCACAUGUAUCUUGCAAAUAAAUAUAACACAAAUAAAACAGGAUAACAUGUUGGCAAUUACAACUCGACCCUAUUAGUCUCUUCACCAACUUUAUCAGCAUUUAAUAUGCUUUAAGACAAGAACCCUACUGGUAAUAAUCAUUAUAAAUAAGAAACUUGAGGAUUCAUAUUUAUUUUAAACAUGAGCAAAUGUUGUAUCUGAAAUGUAUGCAUCUCAAUGUCUCAUCUCGUGGAUUUUCGUAUUACAGCAUGUAUUCUGGGACCAUGAUGGCUAGCAUUGAGUGGUGUUGAUUUGAAGACUGGUUUUCUAUAUUAGGGAUGGACAAUAGCAAAGUUAAAACUACAUCCAAGCAAAUCUAGUAUUUCCAUUUCUAUAGAAACAGGAGUUCAGAAUCUUUAACUAACAACCAGUUAUCAAAUGGAAUGUGAGUGAUUUUUACAAAUAAUGUAUCACACUACUGAUUAGACAGUAUAUCCAUUCUUUUAGGGAGGUGUUGAUAAAAGGUUUUUAACAGUGUAGUUUAUACAGCAGCAACUUUAAUACAGACUACUCAAACCAUUUUAUUUAUUCAAAAACAUCUCUAUAGUCUUUUUUGACUAAUCAUGCAAGGGCAGGUCCAUUACAGGUUGUAAAUGAAAGACUAAUGUAUUUAUUGAAAGAUUAUUCUGACAUUUGGGGGUGUUUGUUCACCAAAUUCAAGUCAAAUGCUGUGAAUUGGUAGUUUUUUUGUUUCUAAAUCAUGCACUGCUUGAUGCAAGAUCCAAAUGUUAAGUCAAAAAGCACAACGAUAAGGUCUACUGUUCAUAUCAAGACACAUGCAUGAAAAAAACACAUUCGUAAUAUGAAGUAUGUUUUGUUUCAUUGUACACGUUUGUCCUCUGCUUCACCGGUGGGGUUUAAUCAGUCUCAUUGACUCCUUUUAUUUUUUUGCACUUUUCUUCAAACGUCUACUUUGUAAACACUUUGUAAAGAUGUACAUUUUAGGAAAGUUAUUCUUGUAUGACAUAGUAUGCUUUACAAUGCUUUAAUGUUUAGGUCACGUGUACUGUAUUUUUUUAACGGCCUAGUUGUCAUUGCUCAACAAAAAUGUAUUGGAGGUAAUAAAUUUCAGCCUAAACUA